GGAAAUGUUUUCAGAGGAAAAAGUGACCCUUAAAGCAUUGAACGAUCUCAAAUGUAACUCUAUGCCGGUGUUGAUGUGUGAAGUUAAAGACUAUGAUAUCAUGACUUUGGCGAUAGACGGUCAGCCAGCCGCCGAUUGCACAUAUAAAACAUGUGAGAUAUAUCAAAUUGAAGGAAUAAACUAUAGAUUUUCCUUUGAUACGAGUAUUGGGAUAUUCAAUAUCACCAUGGAUCCCGUGACCUUUGCUGACAAUGGGAGGACAUUCAAAUGUGAUGAUGGUGAUACCUCUUUUGCCGUUUUCAACGCAAUGGUUAAUGUUAUCCCUGAAAACAGUGCCAACACUAUCUCGUCUGCAAAAGGUCCAUCCAACUCUAUUAAAAUAAAAGCGACAUCAGGAUGCCUUUAUCCGAGUACAAGCAUAACGUUUCAAUGGUAUUACUUCAAGGCUGGAAAUUCGCCAGUCUUAUACGAUAAAAACCAUUCCUAUCUAUCAACUGAUGAAUAUGGCUGUACAGACGGACCUUGUGGCGGGAAAGGGGUUGUGAAAGUGACAAGUACACUCGUCAUAGUAGAAUAACCUAGCGAUGACGAAUAUUAUUUCCAGGUUUUGGUAAAACAUCCUGAUAAUACAGACAUCAUCAUUGAAACAGACAAGCCUUUUCAUCUAAAAUGGAAACCUGUCCAUGAAAACAACGGUAUGGGUCCAGGUAUAUACGUGCCAAGAAGUGUUGGUGGCAUCGUCUUUAAAUCAAAACGCUUGCUGUGUUUCAACAGCUAACUAUAGAGAAAAUUAUUCAGUUUGUUCAGAAGUUAAGUUAUAGUUCCCGAACAUAUCAUGGUACGUAAAUUCAUAACAGGAAGUUAUUGUUUACAUGUUGUCAUGACGAGCUGCGAGUACGGUACUGGAUGUUCGCUCUAUGGCUUACUAAACGGCGCUGGAUAUAAGUCGAUGUGACUGGUGAAGUUUUGUACCUGGUGUUUUAAUUGGAAAUUCACAUCGUAGCUACGUAAAUUCAUAACAGGAAGUUAUUGUUUACAUGUUGUCAUAAUGCGCUGCGAGUUCGGUACUGGAUUUCCGCUCUCUAGCUUACUAAACGGCGCUGGAUAUAAGCCGAUGUGUUGAAAUAUGAAACUUGAAGGAAGAUAUGUACUGAUGAGCCGUAUUUUGUUGAGUGCUGUAACAUUUGUAUUUGAUCAUCCGGAAGUGCAGAAAGCAACAAAACUAAUAGUAUAUUUAGUUUGAUCAAGUCUGACCAUGAGAGGAAAUGGAAUUUACAACACUUCUCACGCUCUUCAAUCUAUAAUCCGUGAUCCCAAAGGACCAGGACAUUAUAGUUACACAAGUAUCCACAACUGUCAGGAUACAUAGUGUUGGUAGCCUACGAGAAACCGGAUAUGUCCGAUGUGGUUCUAAGGUCACGUUUAUCUGUUCGAUCCCGACAUAUCAAUACACAAUGACCUGGUUAAUUGACUCUGAUAAAGCGGCAGAGUGUACAACAACCAACUGUGUUCAAUACCCGCCAUACAAACUCCAAAAUAUUGAAUUUUUCCAUGACACAAGCAAUGGAGUAUUCAACAUGACGAUUAAUCCUGUAACAUUUAAAGCUGAUGGACGAGUAAUAAAAUGUAAAGAUGGUUCGGAUACUGUUCAUGUGACACUGGCAGUGAAAGUUUUUCCUGAACAAAGUACAACAAUAAUAUCCGAACCAAAAGAUGAUAGACAGGAUAUGAUCAACAUAACUGCGAUAUCCGGAUGUGUAUUUCCUAGUUCAGCCAUAACUUUGCAAUGGUAUUAUUACGAGGCAGGCCAAAAACCUAGACUGCACCAGAUGGGUUCACCAACUGUUAGGUUUUUAACGGUAUGCACAUCUGGAACUUGCGGCGGAAAUGACGUAGUUCAGAUGUCAAGUACACUUUCUAUACCGGAAGUACAGACUGGCAAGGAAUAUUAUUUUCAAAUUGCAAUCAAUCAUGAAGAUGAUGACAGUACAAAAAUCGUUUUGGUUAACUCAACUCAAAGCUACAAAAUAAAACAAAUUCAUUCCGAAAUCAUUCCGGAGGCGGAACUACCAGUCACCCAUACAUUAGCUGGAACUGUUGCAGUAUUAAUAGUCAUUAUAGUUAUUUUGGUUGUGGCGGCUGUGGUGGUGGCCAUUAUAAUAAAAAGGAAAAGGCCGUCUACUACUACCAAAACUUAUCAUGUGGUAAAUGAAUGUGAAAAUGCAGGGGAAAACAAGGAAGGUUGUGCCGAAAUCACAUUAAAAGAAACUGAACAAACCCCAGAAAACGAGCCUGCAGAAGAACUGGAUAAAAUUCAAGAAGAGGAAAUCAACUAAGAUCGCGGCAAUAAACCCUAACAAACAUACGAAAACAGGAGGUACAAUACGUCUACGGGGAAGAAUUACGAAACAUUUAGAUAAUAGUUAUUUACUGUAACUACUGAAUAAAAUGUUUUAUGAUCAUAA